GUGAAGCUCUGCAGCUAUCAGCAGUGAAGGAGGCGAAAAAUGUCCCACAGGAAGUUUGAGCACCCAAGGCACGGGUCCCUCGGUUUCCUCCCGAGGAAGAGGGCUGCUCGCCACCGGGGAAAGGUCAAGGCUUUCCCAAAGGAUGAUCCCACCAAGCCCUGCAAGCUGACAGCUUUCUUGGGUUACAAGGCUGGCAUGACUCACAUUGUCAGAGAAGUUGAAAAACCUGGAUCAAAGCUUCACAAGAAGGAAACAUGUGAAGCUGUUACUCUUAUUGAAACUCCACCGAUGGUUAUUGUUGGUGUGGUUGGGUAUGUGAAGACCCCUCGUGGCCUUCGCUGCCUUAACACCGUGUGGGCUCAACAUCUGAGUGAGGAGGUGAAGAGGAGGUUCUACAAGAACUGGUGCAAGUCCAAGAAGAAGGCCUUCACCAAAUACUCAAAGAGACUGGAGACUGAUGAAGGGAAGAAGGAUAUCCAGGCACAGCUGGAGAAAUUGAAGAAAUAUGCAUCUGUUGUUCGUGUAUUGGCUCACACUCAGAUAAGGAAGAUGAAGGGGCUGAAGCAGAAGAAGGCUCACCUGAUGGAGAUCCAAGUGAAUGGCGGGACUAUUGCUCAGAAGGUCGACUUUGCCUAUGGGUUCUUUGAGAAGCAGGUACCUAUUGAUGCUGUAUUCCAGAAAGAUGAGAUGAUUGAUAUCAUUGGUGUCACAAAGGGUAAGGGUUAUGAGGGUGUUGUUACUCGUUGGGGUGUGACUCGCCUUCCUCGCAAAACCCACAGAGGUCUUCGUAAGGUGGCUUGUAUUGGUGCUUGGCAUCCGGCCAGAGUUUCCUUCACAGUUGCUAGGGCUGGUCAGAAUGGGUACCAUCACAGAACCGAAAUGAACAAGAAGAUCUACAGACUUGGCAAGGUUGGAAAAGAGGAACACACUGCCAGUACCGAGUUUGAUAGGACCGAGAAAGAUAUUACUCCUAUGGGUGGAUUUCCUCACUAUGGUGUUGUGAAGGAUGAUUACAUUAUGAUAAAGGGCUGCUGUGUGGGACCUAAGAAAAGGGUGGUGACCCUUAGGCAAACUCUCCUGAACCAGACUUCACGUGUUGCCCUUGAGGAGAUUAAGCUCAAGUUCAUCGACACCUCAUCCAAGUUUGGACAUGGUCGUUUCCAGACAACUGAGGAGAAGCAGAAGUUUUAUGGUCGGGUCAAGGCUUAAGUGUUAUCUUACAGAUAAACUUGGGAUAUUUUGUAGUUUCUAUGGUUAUUUGAUUUCGACAUUUUUGCAGAGUGAUUCAAGACUUUUAAGUUUCUGUUCUGUUUUUGUAACAGCUAAAUUUAUUCUGGUUUGUCUUUUAAAUGGAUUUGGACUUAUAUACUUGGUGCACUUUCUUUUCCUUUUUUUUUUAUCACUUAUUCCAUUUUGAUCCUGACUACCCAUGCAGUGCAAUUAUGUAUUGAUAAUUGGAGAACAAAUCAAACCUGUGAGGUAAAUAAUUGGAGAAUAA